CUAGACAAGACUAUCUCCUUUGGAAAAGCCUCAAUACUUAACAUAAAACAGCCGGAAUUGCCGGACACAUGUCACAGGUUGAGCAAGAGAUCUCACUUGUCCAGAGGAAGAUGUCUGACCUUGAGUCAGUGCUCCAGCAGAAGGACAUAGAGUUGAAAGCCUCGGAGACUCAGAGAACAAUCCUGGAACAGGACCUUGCAACUUAUAUCACAGAAUGCAGUAGUCUGAAGCGCAGUUUGGAACAGGCCCGUAUGGAAGUGACUCAAGAGGAUGAUAAAGCACUGCAGCUCCUUCAUGACAUUCGGGAGCAAAGCAACAAACUUCAAGAGAUCAAAGAGCAGGAAUAUCAUGCCCAGCUGGAGGAGAUGCGAGUUUCCAUUAGACAACUGGAGGAGGACCUGUCUGCUGCCCGUCGCCGUAGCGACUUAUAUGAGGCCGAGCUGAAAGAGUCUCGACAGGCCAGCGAGGAACUGAAGAGGAAGGCUGCAGACUACCAGCAUAGGAUGCAGAAGGCCAAAGAGCAGGGCAAAGCGGACGCAGAGGAGAUGAUCACCAAGUUGGAGAAGGCUAAUGUUGAGCAGCAGACAAAGAUCCAGGAUCUUCAAGAGAAGCUUGCCAAGGCAUUAAAGGGCAGUGCAGAGGCUACAGACCUCCUUCAGACAAUGAAAGUGGCCAAAGAGCGCAUGGAACGAGAUCUAGAGAGGCUACAGAACAAGGAAGACUCCAGUGACAGCCUGCGCAGACGACUCCGUGAGACUGAGGAUGGUAGGAAGACUCUUGAGAACCAGGUGAAAAGGCUGGAGAUUGUUGAGCGCCGGGAGACUAAACUUAAGGAUGAGGUCCAGAGCAAGGCCCAGCAGAUUCAGCAGAUGGCAGAUAAGAUUCUGGAGCUGGAGGAGAAUCUGCGAGAGACCCAAGCCACAGCCCAGCGUUUAGAGACUCAUCUUAAACAGAAGGAAAAGCUCUAUGAAGACAAGAUUAAGGUGCUGGAGGCCCAGAUGAAGGCGGACAUGGCUGAUAAGGAGAUGCUGGAGUCCAGUCAGAGCAAAUAUGAGGAGGAGGUGCGGGAGAAGUGCAGCAUCAUCAGUGAACAGAAGGCGACCAUAAAUGCCAUGGACUCAAAGAUGAACAGCCUGGAACAGAGAAUUGCUGAGCUGUCAGAGGCCAAUAAAUUGGCAGCCAACAGCAGUAUCUACACGCAGAAAAACAUGAAAGCCCAGGAGGAGAUGAUCUCAGAGCUUCGCCAGCAGAAGUUCUACCUGGAGUCUCAGGCUGGGAAGCUGGAGGCCCAGAAUGCUAAACUGGAGGAGCAUCUAGAGAAAAUGAGUCAGCAAGAGCAAAGCAAUAAGAGCCGUGUGAUGGAGCUGGAAACUCGGCUCCGAGAGAUUGGGUUGGAGAAUGAGGAACAAAAGCUGGAGAUUAAGCGUCAGGUGACAGAGCUGACCCUGUCACUGCAAGAGCGUGAAUCUCAGAUCAGCAACCUGCAGGCAGCUCGCCAUGCUCUGGAGAACCAACUGCAGCAGGCCAAGACUGAGCUAGAGGAGACCACUGCAGAGGCUGAGGAGGAGAUCACUGUGCUCAGAGCCCACAGAGAUGAGAUUCAACGCAAGUUUGAUGCCUUGAGAGACAGCUGUGCGGUGAUCACAGACCUAGAGGAGCAGCUGACCACACUGACUCAGGAGAAUGCCGAGCUGAACCGCCAGAAUUUCUACUUGUCCAAGCAGCUGGAUGAGGCCUCUGAUGAGAGAGAAGAUCGCCUGCACCUCAGCCAGGAUGUGGACAGGCUUCGUCGAGAGGUGGCUGACCGUGAAAUGCACCUUAACAACCAGAAACAGAACCUUGAGACACUGAAGACCACAUGCACAAUGCUGGAGGAACAGGUUCUGGAGCUGGAGACCCUGAAUGAUGAGCUGUUGGAGAAGGAGAGACAGUGGGACGCCUGGAGGGCAACACUGGAGGACGAGAAGAACCAGGCAGAGAGGAGGACCAGGGAGAUCCAGAGACUGCUGGACACUGAGAAACAGAACAGGCUUCGUGCAGAGCAGCGCAGCUCUGAGUCUCGCCAGGCGGUGGAACAGGCGGUUAAGGAGCACAAAGCUGAGAUCCUGGCCCUGCAGCAGGCCCUCAAAGACCAGAAGCUUAAAGCUGAGAGCCUUGCAGACACUUUGAAUGAUCUCGAGAAGAAGCAUGCCAUGCUGGAGAUGAACGCCCGCAGUUUGCAGCAAAAGCUGGAAAGUGAGAGGGAUCUGAAGCAGAGACUGCUGGAAGAGCAAGAGAAGCUGCAGCAGCAGAUGGAUGCCCAGAAGACACAUAUAUUCCGUCUGACCCAGGGACUGCAGGACGCUUUGGACCAGACUGACCUGCUGAAAACUGAGAGGACUGAUCUGGAAUUUCAGCUUGAGAAAAUCCAGGCUGUAUACUCUCAUGAGAAGGUGAAAAUGGAGGGGACCAUCACCCAGCAGACCAAGCUCAUAGAUUUCCUCCAGGCCCAGGCCCAUGGUGGCUCCAAGAAGAAAAAGGGUCUGUUUGGACGCCGUCGGGAGGACCUGUUGGCUGCCAUGGCUGCUCAGGCUCAGGGUCAGAGUCAGAGUCAAGGCCAGGUUUCCCCUGUGCCCCCCAUCCAGCCGGUGCCGCUGCAGUACAGCGACAUGAAGGCAGCUUUGGACAAAGAGCGUGCUCGUUGCUCUGAGUUGGAAGAUGCUUUGCAGAAAAUGAGAGCAGAGCUGCGAUCUCUGAGAGAAGAAGCUCUCCAGUAUAAGGAUCAUGGCAGUUCAACAAAUCCAGCCACAGCACGGCAGCAGAUAAUCAUGUCUGCCAUGGUGAAGUCUCCUGAGCACCAGCAGGGCCCAACUAGCCUGGCACCCUCCAACUCUGGACGAAGGAAGGAUACUCCAACCCCUGAGGAGAGAAGGAGGGUCACUUUUGAAAAGUAUAGCCGUCGUUUGAAGGACAGUCAGAGAGACAGAGAGAGGGAGAGAGAGAGGGUGGUUCACCACAACACCCCUCACCGCUUCACAGUGGGACUCAACAUGAGAGCUGCCAAGUGUACUGUGUGCCUGGAUACUGUGCACUUUGGUCGCCAAGCAGCUACCUGUCUUGAAUGUCACGCUUUGUGCCACCCAAAAUGCUCCCCCUGCCUUCCAGCUACAUGCGGCAUGUCCAGUGACUGCUCCCUACAUCUGUCAGAGGGCCUGUGUCGAGACAAAGGCAGCUCCUCAGGCCAACAGCUCAAAGAGGCCGGCGGACACAUGCACCUGGAGGGCUGGAUGAAACAGCCCAGGAAUGGGAAACGAGGCCAGGGCUGGGAGAGAAAAUACGUGGUCCUGGAUGGGACAAAAGUGUCCAUCUAUGAGAUAGAGCCCAGAGAAGACUCAGUGAAGCCACUGGAGGAGUAUGAACUGUGUCUGUCAGAUGGAGAGGUGAUGGUUCAUGGAGCAGUUGGAGCAUCUGAGCUGCCAAACACCGCCAAGUCAGAUGUUCCCUACGUCCUGAAGCUGGAGUCCCGUUGUCACACCCCCUGCUGGCCUGGCCAGUCUAUUUACUUCAUGGCUCCCAGUUUCCCAGACAAGCAGCGCUGGGUGGCUGUGAUGGAGUCUGUGGUGGCUGGAGGUCGAGCCUCACGGGAGAAGGCAGAGGCUGACGCAAAGCUGCUAGGAAACUCUCUCCUGAAACUGGAGGGAGACGAUAGGCUGGAUAUUAAUUGCACUCUUCCUCUCACAGAUCAGAUUGUUCUGGUGGGCUCUGAAGAGGGACUGUAUGCACUCAAUGUUAUCAAGAACUCCCUGACUCAUAUCCCUGGCCUCGGGUCAGUCUUUCAGAUCCACAUCAUUAAAGAGCAGGAGAAACUGCUGAUGAUUGUUGGAGAUGAGAGAGCGCUGUGUCUGGUGGAGAUUAAGAGGGUGAAGCAGUCUCUGGCUCAGUCCCACCUGCCCAGCCAGUCUGAACUGGCUCCCUACAUCUUUGAGACAGUGAAAGGUUGCCAUCUGUUCGCUGCUGGAAGAAUCGACAAUGGGCCUUGUAUAUGUGCUGCAAUGCCAAACAAAAUAACCAUUCUGCGCUACAAUGACAAUCUCAACAAAUAUUGCAUUCGUAAGGAAAUUGAAACUCUGGAGCCGUGCAGCUGCAUCCAUCUGACCAGCUACAGCAUUAUCAUCGGCACCAACAAAUUCUACGAGAUUGAAAUGAAGCAGUUUGUACUUGAGGAAUUCUUGGACAAGAACGAUGUGUCACUGGCCUCUGCAGUGUUUGCAGCCUCCUCUCACAGUUUCCCCAUCGCAAUCAUGCAGGUUGCCAGCAGUAUGCAGAAGGAGGAGUACCUUCUGUGUUUUCAUGAGUUUGGAGUGUUUGUGGACACGUACGGGCGAAGGAGCCGCACUGAGGAAAUCAAGUGGAGCCGCCUGCCUCUGUCUUUUGCCUACAGAGAGCCCUACUUGUUCGUGACCUACUUCAACUCGCUGGAUGUUAUCGAGGUUCAGGGACACGCUGCUCUGGGUCCCACAGUGCUGGCACACCUAGACAUCCCAAACCCUCGGUACCUGGGCCCAGCCAUCUCCUCAGGGGCCAUUUACCUGGCCUCCUCCUACCAGAACAAACUACGGGUCAUCUGCUGUAAGGGAAGUCUGAUCAGAGAGUCCGGAGAGCUGCAGAGGACCGGCUCCAGCCGAGGUAGUCCCAGUAAGAGAGGCCCGCCCACUUACACUGAGCACAUCACCAAGCGUUUGACCUCUGGCCCCGGCAGCCAUGACGGUCUGCACCGGGAGCCGAGCACCCCACAUCGUUACCGGGAGGGCCGCACAGAGUUCAGAAGAGACAAGUCUCCCGCUCGACCCCUGGACAGAGAGAAGUCACCCGGCAGGGUGCUGGACAGUCGCAGGGAGAGGUCUCCUGGGAGAUUUGGGGACAGUACCCGACUCCAUGCUGGGUCUGUCCGAACACAGCUCGCCCCCGUUAACAAGGUGUGGGAUCAGUCGUCGGUGUGA